CUUCCUGUUCCUGCCGCGCCCUCUUUCCCGGCCCGGCCGGGGGGGACCAGUGCGCAGCCGGGGCUGGCAGGCGGCGGGGUCCGCGGGGCCGCAGGAGAUGACGGCCGGCGGCCAGGCCGAGGCCGAAGGCGCUGGCGGGGAGCCCGGCGCGGCGCGGCUGCCCUCGCGGGUGGCCCGGCUGCUGUCGGCGCUCUUCUACGGGACCUGCUCCUUCCUCAUCGUGCUUGUCAACAAGGCGCUGCUGACCACCUACGGUUUCCCGUCACCAAUUUUCCUUGGAAUUGGACAGAUGGCAGCCACCAUAAUGAUACUAUAUGUGUCCAAGCUAAACAAAAUCAUUCACUUCCCUGAUUUUGAUAAGAAAAUUCCUGUAAAGCUGUUUCCUCUGCCUCUCCUCUACGUUGGAAACCACAUAAGUGGAUUAUCAAGCACAAGUAAAUUAAGCCUACCGAUGUUCACCGUGCUCAGGAAAUUCACCAUUCCACUUACCUUACUUCUGGAAACCAUCAUACUUGGGAAGCAGUAUUCACUCAACAUCAUCCUCAGUGUCUUUGCCAUUAUUCUCGGGGCUUUCAUAGCAGCUGGAUCCCCAAACGUUUUUAUGCUGGUGCUAUUUAUAAUGGAAAUGGAAGAGAAGCUGUUUCAAAAGAAUGGGAAGAAAGGAGCCAUAGAGGGGCCACAUAGAAGGAUGGAUACCUGCCUUGCCAUUUUGAUGGACGGGGUGCGGUUUGGGCACCAGAUGGAGGUGUCUGACCUUGCUUUUAACUUAGAAGGCUAUAUUUUUGUAUUCCUGAAUGAUAUCUUCACAGCAGCAAAUGGAGUUUAUACCAAACAGAAAAUGGACCCAAAGGAGCUAGGGAAAUACGGAGUGCUUUUCUACAAUGCCUGCUUCAUGAUUAUCCCAACUCUUAUUAUUAGUGUCUCCACUGGAGACCUGCAACAGGCUACUGAAUUCAACCAAUGGAAGAAUGUUCUGUUUAUCCUACAGUUUCUUCUUUCCUGUUUUUUGGGGUUUCUGCUGAUGUACUCCACGGUUCUGUGCAGCUAUUACAAUUCAGCCCUGACGACAGCAGUGGUUGGAGCCAUCAAGAAUGUAUCCGUUGCCUACAUUGGGAUAUUAAUCGGUGGAGACUACAUUUUCUCUUUGUUAAACUUUGUAGGGUUAAAUAUUUGCAUGGCAGGGGGCUUGAGAUAUUCCUUUUUAACACUGAGCAGCCAGUUAAAACCUAAACCUGUGGGUGAAGAAAACAUCUGUUUGGAUUUGAAGAGCUAAAGAGUCUGCAGCAGGAUUGGAGACUGACUUGUGACUGCGGGCUGGGGGGGCAUUCCCAGUAGGAAUGUGAAGCCAGAGGUUUCAGAUUCGUGACAUCCACCCCCUGGGCAAGUGAGAGCAUCUGCAGAAUGCAAAGAGAACUACCUCAUAUGCAGGAUGAGCCAAUGGCAGUCUCAAGAAAUGAACUUGGGCGACACCUUACCUGUGGAAAACAAAUCUUUUCAAAAUAAGCCACUGGGACUCGGUAGGUGGAGGAGCCCCAGCUGCUCUUCUAGGGACCUAUGGGGCCUUCGUGGCAUCUCUGUGCUGUGUGCUGGGGAGGAGGUUGAUGAAAUGGUGACUCUUUUCUGAUCAGCACCUUGGCUGUGAUUCCCAAGGUCCCAGCCAAAGCAAAGGGCCAGUUGUUUCAGUUUAAACAGACAUGACUUUAGUCUAAUAAAAUCAGUUAACUGUCAGUAAAGUUAUUUGUUAGCUUUGAUGAAAGCUAUGUUGGUAUCUUUCCCUAAUCAUCAAAGUAAAUAAAAAAUCAUUUCUA